AUGAGUCUCCAAUCCCCACCGCUGCCCUCAGGAGCAGCCAUGUCUGUGCAGGUGGCAGCCCCUGGAAGCACAGAGCUGGGCCCAGAGCGCCUGAGCCCUGAGGAGCUGGUGCGGCAGACGAGGCAAGUGGUGCAAGGGCUGGAGGCCCUGCGGGUGGAGCACCAUGGUCUGGCCGGGCACCUGGCGGAGGCCCUGGUGGGACAGGGCCCAGUGACUGGCUUGGAGCUCCUGGAAGAAAAGCAGCAGGUGGUGAGCCACUCGCUGGAGGCCAUCGAGCUGGGGCUGGGAGAGGCCCAGGUGCUGCUGGCUCUGUCGGCGCACGUGGGCGCUCUGGAGGCUGAGAAGCAGCGGCUGCGAGCACAGACCCGGCGGCUGGCCCAGGAGAAUGCCUGGCUGCGGGAGGAGCUGGAAGAGACACAGCGGCGGCUGCGGGCCAGCGAGGAGGCUGUGGCCCAGCUGGAGGAGGAGAAGAACCACCUUGAAUUCCUGGGGCAGCUGCGGCAGUAUGACCCACCCAUGGAGAGCCAGCAGCCUGAGUCUCCCCCUCGCCGAGACAGCCUGGCCUCACUGUUCCCCAGUGAGGAGGAGGAGAGGAAAGGUCCAGAGGCAGCGGGGGCGGCUGCAGCUCAGCAGGGCGGCUACGAGAUCCCAGCCCGCCUUCGGACCCUGCACAACCUCGUGAUCCAGUACGCGGGGCAGGGCCGCUAUGAGGUUGCUGUGCCUCUGUGCCGCCAGGCCUUAGAGGACCUGGAGAGGAGCUCAGGCCACUGCCACCCGGACGUGGCCACCAUGCUCAACAUCCUGGCACUGGUGUACCGGGACCAAAACAAGUACAAAGAGGCCACAGACCUUCUCCAUGAUGCCCUGCAGAUCCGGGAGCAGACGCUGGGCCCUGAACACCCCGCGGUGGCCGCCACCCUCAACAACCUGGCUGUCCUCUAUGGGAAGCGUGGGCGUUACCGGGAGGCAGAGCCCCUGUGCCAACGUGCCCUGGAGAUCCGUGAGAAGGUCUUGGGCGCUGACCAUCCGGAUGUGGCAAAGCAGCUCAACAACCUGGCCCUGCUCUGCCAGAACCAGGGCAAGUUUGAGGAUGUGGAGCGGCACUACGCCCGGGCCCUGAGCAUUUAUGAGGCCCUGGGUGGGCCCCAUGACCCCAACGUGGCCAAGACCAAGAACAACCUGGCCUCAGCCUACCUGAAACAGAACAAAUACCAGCAAGCAGAAGAACUGUACAAAGAAAUCCUCAGCAGGGAGGACCUGCCUGCCCCUCUCGGAGCCCCCAAGACAGGCACAGCUGGUGACGCAGAACAACAGGCCCUUCGUCGGAGCAGCUCAUUCUCCAAGCUCCGCGAGUCUAUCCGGCGAGGAAGUGAGAAACUGGUCUCCCGUCUCCGAGGCGAGGGGGUGGCCGGGACAGCCGGGAUGAAGAGAGCCGUGUCACUCAACAUACUGAACAUGGAUGGCCCGAGGGCUAUUGGAACUCAGUUCCCGAACCAGCACCUGAGUGAGGCCCCUCGGACCCUCAGCGCCAGCACCCAGGACCUGAGCCCUCGCUAAAGCCAACUGGACCACACCGGCUACAGCUUCUCUGGAGGAGUGUGGGGGCAUCUCCUUGACUCUCCCACCUCUGGGGGGAUACCCAGUGGGUUGGGCUUCCUGCCACCCUCUCCUGUGAUUAAAGGCUGUAGACUUGGCAAUGA